UAAAAGUAACCAUGCUAAAGUUGUUUGUUUUCUACUGGUGCAUACUGGCGGCAUAUGCUGUGAAGGCCGAUUUUGAGCAAUUCUACCAGAGCGCUGGUGAGGAAUACUUAGUUUGUGACCUGCGCGUAAGAAAGUUCAACAGAACGGCGUCUGUGCUGAACGGCACCAUUCAUGUACUGAUAAACGCCAACGACAGUGUCACGUUCAGCACGGAUAUCUUUCACAGUCCGCUGGGAAAUCAGCAGUUCAACCACUAUCCAGUGAAAAUACCGACCUCUGGUGUAUGCACUUUUAAGGAUCAUAUCCAUCAACACUACCCAAAGGUGGCGGAGUUGAUCGUUAAUUUACCGGGUCCUGGCGAGUGUCCCAUCACCAUUCGCCAGAUGUACGUCUUCGAUCAACUUUUUCCUUCCGACUUUGUACCGGCUGUAACACGACCUGGACUGUGGAAGUUGCUCAUUAAGGGAUUCCUGAAUGAUGUACAAGCCUUAGAGUAUUACUUGUUUGUGAAGAUUACCGCAAAUGAACAUUCGUUAAUAUAA